AUGCAAGCCAGUCAGACAGGAACUGGUUCGUCGGAUAGCAAGAAGCGGUUCAAUGUGGACUCACCCAGUUUCACCCCAUCCUUACUGUCUGGGGCUGGCGUACAAGCGCCGAAGAAGUCCACUGCCAUAUCGCCAAAAGCUGCUAAUGCAGCUCCUUUUCAGCCUCGAACAACCUCAUCGCGUUCAAAUACAGGUACACCCACAGGGCGGUCAGAUCCAGUGCCAGAUUGGGCAGUCGCCGAUGUGCAGGAGUUUGUACCCCAGGGUUUUGAGCAUGCUGUAAGUCGUCCUUACCUUUUACCUCGAGUCUACCCCACGUUUGUUUUCAUUUUCUCUUUGAUCCCAAACUCCCCAUUGCCACGUUCCAUCUGGACCACAACAUCGCGUCAACAUGGACCCUACCAAGCACCAGCGCAGUCCUAG